AUGCCGCGGUUUCGGUGGAAGCAGCGAGUCUGGCACCGACACCUCGUGAAAACCCAGCCCGAAGGCUUCGGUGUCGAUGUUCAGAGCCGGAGCCGGUGUCUGCGUGUGUUGGCGACAGCGAGCAAGGCGGAGGGCAGAGAGCACGAGGACCUUGUGGGAUCUGAUGGACGUGUCAGUGGGACGAUGUAUAAUACAGGGAGACAUGUAUCUCUACGGUUAGACAAAGAGCAUUUGGUCAACAUCUCCGGAGGACCGAUGACCUACAGUCACCGCCUGGAGGAAAUCCGGUUACACUUUGGAAGCGAGGACAGCCAGGGCUCAGAGCACCUGCUCAACGGACAGGCGUUCUCUGGGGAGGUUCAACUAAUCCACUAUAACCAUGAGCUGUACACAAAUGUCACAGAAGCCGCAAAGAGUCCUAACGGGUUGGUGGUAGUUUCCAUAUUUAUGAAAGUAUCUGAAUCCUCAAAUCCAUUUCUAAAUCGUAUGCUUAACAGAGACACCAUAACGAGAAUAACAUAUAAAAAUGAUGCAUACUUACUACAGGGGCUAAAUAUUGAGGAACUUUAUCCAGAGACGUCUAGUUUCAUUACAUAUGAUGGGUCAAUGACAAUUCCCCCCUGCUAUGAAACAGCAAACUGGAUAAUAAUGAACAAACCCGUCUACAUAACAAGGAUGCAGAUGCAUUCUUUACGACUGCUAAGCCAGAAUCAGCCAUCACAGAUAUUUCUGAGCAUGAGCGACAAUUUCAGACCAGUCCAGCCUCUCAACAAUCGAUGUAUCCGAACUAAUAUCAACUUUAGUUUACAGGGAAAAGAUUGUCCAAACAAUAGAGCACAGAAACUACAGUAUAGAGUAAAUGAAUGGCUCCUCAAGUAAGUAAGACAGAGCAGGCAGAACCCAUAACCUCAAUGGAAUGCUCCUACUGUGAAUUGACAUAAUCUAGAAUGCGCCCAACCUCACUCUCUUUGGGUUCGCGACAGCACCCGCAAAUGUGCUGUAGGAAAUGAGCUGCCAUGGUGGAAACUCAACUAAAAAUUCAUUCAUAUGAUCUGUGGUAAUUAAAAAAAAAAAAAAAGUAAAAAGACAGUAUUACAGUAAAUGUGAUUACAAUUUUGAUACAGUUUUCCUGAACUAAUUUAGCUUCACAAAGAAAGACUUUUCAGCCUUUGUACAUAUGAAAUUCUUCCUCUUUUCCCCCCCUCCCUCAAAUUGGAAAAAAAAAAAAAAAGGAAAAAAGAAAACAGGUGGCUCGGUACAGCAUCAAAGUGGAGUUGUGUUCUGUGUGCCAAGUAAUCCUUGGAAAGCUCUCAUUAUUUCACUGUCAUUAAUGGAUACUGACAAGACAGAACAAGAAGAUUGUAGAGGAAACUUAUUUCUAGGUUAUGAUAUUUCUGUUCAUUUAAUUAAAAAGGGACAGACUUUGAGAGAUAAGUAUUGUAAAUAUAUCACUGCAGAAUAUAAAGGAAAUGGAAAUAUUUCCCUCUUUGUCACAUAUCUGUAGUAGGAUUUGCCAAAAUCAGAAUUGAUCCAUUUUCUGUUUCUUGUUUUACAACAGGUCAUACGUUGUGUUGGUUACUAUUAACAAACUCAAUAAAUGUGUUUAACAAAUUAA